AUGGAAAGAGAUGAAUUGGACCAAAUCUUCAUUGAUAUGAUGCUUGGUAAGAAUUACUCAGAAGUCGAGCAAAACUACGAGCCUUUAUCGAAGCAUGAAAAAGUUCGUAUUGAGCAAUGGGUGAAAUUUAAAUAGUCAAAAAAACUUUGCCAAGUAACUUCAAAUUCCAUUUGGAAAAAGAAUAGAAAUAAAUACGCAAAAUGCUUACUCGAUAUGGUUAAGCUAGGAAACCUCCAAGAGCCUUUUUCCAAAAUUCCUCCAGAAGGGCCUUUACCCCAAUUUCAAGCCCCAACAAUUGCUCCAAAGCAGAUUUCAAAGCCUAAGCCUCAGAAAAUCCAAGUAGAAGUUUCAGAGCCUGUGAAACUGCCACCAAGGCCUUCAUCAGCAAGAGGCGAAACCCAACACAUUUCACCAGCUCAUGAAAAAUAUGCCCCAAUUGAGACUAAACUGACAAUCACAAAUAAUCGACCUACAGAAGAAACAAUGCGAUUGAGAGCCCAACUUGAAAUAUGCCAAUUAAACGAAAAACAUUUAAAAGAGGAACUUAUGGUAAGAGAUAGUUAGAAAAAGUCUAAAACAAUAUCAGAUCAAAAUCAAGUUAUUGAAGAGCUGAAAAGAGAAGUCGAAUUUUUAAGGACUAAGCUGGACACAGCGAAGAAUUUUAGAAAUUAUUUGUAUGAGGCACAAGAAGCUGCUAGCAAUAGUCCUAUUCCUGAGAUAGAAAUUGAAGAGCCUGAAUUUUCUCAAGAUAGAGAGGAACUUACAUUGGAAAAUAUAUCUGAUAAUAUAAGAAGGCUAGAAAAGCUGCAAGAAGAGUUAGGUAGAGGAGAGAAAUAUUAUUAA